CAGACUUAUAUUUAAUUAUUAUUAUUAUUUUUAACUUUUUUUGACGGGAUAAAGAGAAUCCUCUAGUCCCCUCCUCUCUUAUCCAAAUAAAAAAAUAAAUAAAAAGGCAUUACUAAUUUUAGUGUAAAUUCACUCUCACCGGCGCCGGAAAAAUUUAUUCAACGGCGAAUUUGUGGUGGUUUCCGGUGAACUUGUUUUUUUUGUUCUUGCAAAUAAGGACCUCAAGUUUCUAUAAGUUUCGAAGUAGUCCUUCUUCUCCAGCAAAGUUGAUACUACUUCCUUUCCCGUUUAUCAUCGCUGUGUUGUCCUUUGGCUAUUUUUAGAUAGCUGUGUUGCUGAGUUGUGAUCGUGCACCAUAGACUAGCUGUCGUUUCAAUGGCAUCUCUAUCAUGGUGGAAUACCGCUCCCGCUACUGCUGCAAUGACAUCUUGUUCCCCUACUCCAACGUCCUGUAAAACCUCCAAUUCAUUAGCACUGCCGCGUUCUGUGUUUGUCAGCAAGCAAGAACAAUUAAUGAGACAUGCCAAGGGACUUUUGGUUAAAACACAGCAACAGUCGAAGAAGAAGAACAAUUUCACCUAUUCCAGACGUACUAUGAGCAUUCAGUGUCUCUCGCAGGAACAGAAAUGGACUCAUGAAGGUUGCAUUACCGAGUCACUCCCCAAUGGCAUGUUUAGGGUCAAACUGGACAACGCAGAGGUGGUACUGGGAUACAUUUCUGGAAAGAUACGAAAGAAUUUCAUACGGUUGUUGCCCGGAGACAGAGUCAAAAUUGAAGUAAGUCGGUAUGAUUCCAGUAAAGGUCGAAUCACUUAUAGACUCCGUGGUGGUCGAGAAGGGUAGGAGUCAGUGAUGGUGGAAGGCAAUUUUGUACGCGACCGGCGACCGGCUUUGCUGAUGAACCACCAUUCACCUGCUCCUAUCCUUGCUUAUGAGAAGAGAACCUAAAAUGUAUAUUCUUAUGCUUGAGAUAUUCAUAGGCAUUUACUUUUGUUGUUAACCUUUAUGUUGUGAUAGUAAACCAAUUAGAUUGGAAAAGCAAAACUUGUGCAUCUUUUUGGCUAUUUUGUUGAUUGUUUUAUCCUCAUUUGAAUUUAUCUGCUGGUUUUUGUUGCC